CCGCCAGCCUGUGUGAGCCAAGCUGUGCCUCCCGAGCUCGGCGGAGGUGGCGUCCUCCCGCCUCGGCUCCGCGCGGAGGCACUGAGGGCGUCAGUCCCCCUGCCCCCGGCGUCCCGGGGCGCUCAGCUUUGAGUUCCCCGGAAGCUCUCAGCGCCCCCUGCUGUGAUGUCAUCCUUCAAAGGAAGUCGGGCUCAGAAGCAAAGGCUGUCUGUGUUUGCCAAGGGACCACUGGAGAUCCCAUCUCCAACAGAGGCAGACUGGCCUAAGGAUGACGAGAAGGAUUUUGCCUUCUGGGACGUGGAUGAAGAACUGGACUUGCUGCCUCAGCCUUACCGAAUGAUCAACAAGCUGGUGAACCACCUAUUUGACCGCUCGUGGGAAGUCAUUGAGGAAAGAGAGGGUCUACUGGAAAUUGAGAAAACCCGCAUCCUGCCCACCGUCUACCCUCCAGCUGCAGAAAUCCAGCUCAACAAAAUGCCUGGUGGUAUGGCUGUUUCACAAGACUAUCUGUUUAUUGGAGGAGUCAAAGGAUUCUCAAUCUAUAAUCUGCACAAUUUCAAAAGAAUGUAUGUUUGGGAGAAGUUUAAGGUUGACGUUGUUUCCAUCUGGGCCAUGGAUUUGGGGAAUGAAGUACUUAUUGUUCCUGUGGAUGAACUAGGUAUUGUUAGAUUGUUUUACCUGUAUAAAGACUGUCUUUUCCCCCUCAAAGCCAUCAAUGAAACGGACGAUAUCAGCAAGCAAAGCACCUGUGUGAAGAUGGUACUCUCUCCGAGUGGGGACUACGCUGCCUUCCUCCUCCAAGGAGCUGGGGAUGUUUGGCUGGAAGUGUAUAAGUUGCCCAAGGAGACUUGGCUAAAGGAAGUGGAGCACCCACAGUUUGGUCUAAUUCAAAAGAAAAAAACCAAACAGCUGCAACUGAGUGUUCCUGACUCUGCUCUUCCAGAAAGUGUAGAAACGAGCUUGAGACCCAGUCUAAGCCCUUAUGCAAUCCAGGACUUAAACAUUUCUUUGAAAACUGACAUUAAAUUGAGUCCUCCAGUUUAUGUAAUGAAGAUUAAGCCCCCUAAGCCCAUAGCAGGCACCACAUUUAAAAGCCCCCUGGAGAUUUUUUCAAAGGUAGAAGACUACUGUGGGCUAGGCUCCGGGCAGAAUCACUUCAUUAAGGAUGCGCAGUGGGAGCAGCACAUGGAGAUCUUCUAUUCCUCCUACAAGAAGUACCUGGAAAGGGAGUGGGAAGAGGAGCCACUCAGUACGGCCACGUUCCACUUCUUUGCUAACUCCAUAUCCCCAACACCAGUGGAUGUCAAGAGCUCUUCAGGGGCAGCCUGUAUCCUCGGCGUACACUGGACGGGAAGUCAUAAUUUCUUCCUCUAUUCAAUGAACAAAACCCUGAAGGAUAAAACCGACUGUGAGAACGUGUGGCCCUGUGCUGCGCCCAUUGCCGUGUCUCAGAUCAGCAGCAACUCCUCUUACCUGGUCCUCGCCUGUGAGGAUGGUGUGCUCAUCCUCUGGGACCUGGCCCAAGGAUUCCUCUUUGGGGUCAUCGCUCUGCCCGAGGGCUGUUUCUGCCAAAGCAUUCACUUCCUAAGGUUCUUCCUGGUGCACGAAGGACGGAACAUGUAUCCUGAAGGCCGGGUGAAGUCUGAAAUGAUGUGUGUGGUGCUGUGCACUAAUGCUUCCCUCCACCUGGUGACAGCCAGCGGGACCAGGGGACCCACCAGCAAGGUGCUUGUUGAGAGGUCUACAAAGCACCUGGAAGAAGCCAUCUGUGUAGUGGCCCCAGCCCCAGCCUUGCCUGGCAUGGUGCUACUCUUUUCCAAGAACCACUCUGUGAGCCUCAUGGAUGUGGCCAAGGCUGAAAUCGUCUGUGCCUUUGCAGCCCCGGUGCCCCACCCAGAAGAGACGCUCUGGAAGCCCUUGUUUGUCGUGUCUCCACACCAUCCCUGUUUUCUGCUUCACGGAGCGCGCCCAGAGGGUGAUGCCACACCUACCGACGACGCCAAGGACACCCCAGAUUCUGUUUUCUGUUUUAAUUUUGAGGACUAUCCCCUCCUGAAAGAUAUCUCCAAAAACUGCACCAUUUCCCAAAAGGACUUGGAAUGUAGCCAGGCCUUCCCUCAGGUGUUACCACUGGAGAAAAGAUGUGAGCAAUUUCUCCAGAAGAGAAAGGAAGAGAGGGUCUUUGCCUGCGAUGCUAGUUACCACCCCCAAGCUGCGCUCCAGCCUCCUACCUGCUCUGCCUUUCCUACGGUGUGCUGAGCGGCUUCAGUGGUUCUCAGUGUCUCCUGGGAGGACGUGUGCCCCCUGAUGAAGAAAGAAACGUGGUCUCGUAGUUCUUGGAAGAGGAAAGGGAGAGGGGGAGAGGGGGCUGUUUGUCAACAGCGCCUGGGUUAGAGGUUUGGCAGCCUUGCUCAGGAGCUCUCUCAUUCUGGACCCUGGGGAUCUGCUCUUUAGGUAAAUGUAGGGAAAGGCUCAUGAUGUCUGCACUGUAAUCCAAAGGACCCAGGAAAGCUUUUAUAGAGAACGGUGAAGAUGGUAAUAGAUGGGGAAUCUGGGGAGAUGUUUGCAAGGGAGCUAAAGCGAAGGAUGGUGAGUUGGGUGAAGGUUCAUUGUGCUAUUUGCACCCUUCUAACAGGCUUGAGAGUUUUCCAAAGGGAAAGACGGAGAGAGGUGAGAAACGGUACCAUCCUGGUUUUGAGUCAGGAAGAUGGGGAACGUGCCUUUGAAGGAACACUAGUUACCGUGGGAUGAUGAGCAUGGGUUUUCUUUGUUUCCGCUGUCUGUAACUUUUCUAUAAAAAUCCUGCAUUGCUUUGGCAAGCAGACUGAAAACAACAGGGAAGGGAAGCCUCGCGUGUGAGAAUAGGCCAUGCUGUGGGGAGGAGCAUGCCCAGGGCCGGGGCCUGGGGUUUGCUGGUGCUCCCAGGGCAGCUGGGUGCUCUGUGAAUUAGCUCCCAGUUUAAUGAGCUUGCUUCCUUCCUGUCUAUUCUUAACCAAUCUCCUCCCUUUGUUAAUUAGAAAGGGUGACUUUUCCCACUUUACACAAAGGUCAGUAGACACCCUCCUGUGGAAAUAGACCCAGAAUCGCAGCUGCAAUCUGAAUAACUCACCUCCCUCUGGCCACGGACUGCCAUUUUCCACCAAAUGAUCUUGUCACAGAUAUCUGCUGAGCCCAACUCCAGCCCACAAAUGUUGCUUCUGGAAUAGAACUACCAAUUAAUACAGUCAAUUCCCACUGUUAUAAGAAUGAACUCAGAAGCCAGGCGUGGUGACUCAGGCCUGGAACCUCAGCACUUGGAGGGCUGAAGCAGAAAGAUGGGAACCUGAGGCCAUCUGGCUACUUAGAGAAACUGUUCUAAAGACAGAAAGAAAAUAAGUGUGUGUGUGUGUGUGUGUGUGUGUGUGCGCGCGCGCACGCGUGCGUGUGUAUACUUAUAGAAAUUUGGAAAACAUGAAUAUGCAAAAAAUAAAUUUAAAUAACCCAUAAUCCUACCACCCAAAAUUAUCAACACCACUGCUGACAUCUUCCUGGUCACUCGGGGUGACAUUUUCACUGAGUUAAGAUCAUGCUUCAUGCUCACUCUCUUAUCUGAGUUUAUAUUGCUCCCGAAUAUAACUUUCUGUGAGUGUGUGCAUGGAUGUGUGUGUCCAUAUGAUAUGCAUGCACACGUGUGUGGUGCCUAUAGAAGCCAGCACCACAGGUGUUAUUCUGCCUUACUCUAUAGGUACCAUUCACCCUGGGUAUUUCUGUUUGCUUGUUUUG